AUGAAACAAACUCUUCCUGUGCUCGCCCAUUUUGAAAAGAGUUCAGAUGAAAUUGCUAGUAAUCUAAUUGAUAUUAUACAUAAGAAUAUUUUGCAUUAAAGUAUGGAAACAAUUACCAUAUUAUAAAACAAUUACAAAACUAAAGGAAAUAAAUUGAAACUCCUAUGUUAGAAGCUAAAAGAACAUUAAGAACGAUUGAAUAAGAAUGUGAUGGUUUAAAGAGAAGUAAUUCUAAAUAAUCAGAACGCAUGAAAGCUACAUCUACUUUCAAUUUUUCUAGACCUGGUAGUUAAUUUGAUACAUUCAUUCAGAGUACUUAACAUUUUGAUUUAAAUUCUGGAUAACUUUUAUUUUAGAAUAUUAAAUAGAUAAUGGAAAGUUUGUAAAAUAAAGAGGACCCUCCUAAUUUCUAAUUAUAUUGGGAAUCUGUUUAUAUGUUUAAAUGGGAAUAAUAUAUAUAUUGUUUUGUAAGACCAUUAACAUAAAAGAUAAUUUAAGAAUCAAUAUUUUUGAGUGACAUAGUAAUUUCAUUUAUAUAAUGUUAAAUGAAAGAAAAUUUACUUAAUAAUAAUUCUUAAGAAAAUCAAUAAGAAAUGAUAGUUUUAACAAAACUUUUAUUAGAGAAUUUCUGUAUUUUUUUAAAGAAAAUAUUAACAUAAACAAAAUAAUAGAAUGGUUUAGUUAUAUAAUUAUAAACAAAAAUAGAUUUAAUAUUGUGUAAAAAUAAUCCUUGUAUUAGUUUUAUUUAAGAAUUAAAAAAGAAUAAUAGUUUCAUAAAAAAUAUAAUAGAAAAGUUAUUAUAAAAUGAUAAUCCUAAUAUAUAACCUGUAAUUACUACUUGUAGAUAUUAAUUAAGUUAAUUAAAAUCAUUAGAUAUAUAAAGUAGUAGACCAUAAUUAGUUAAUGCAAUUUAUUUAUCUACUAGUGUUAAUUAAUAGAAAGAAUAAUAUUAAUCACCAUUAAAAACAUUAUUCAAAAUACCUCAUUAAUAAUAAUAUGUUAUGCAUUUAAGAGAAUCAUAUAGUAAUUUAGAACCAGUUGAAGUACCAUUUAUUAAAACACCAUUUCAUCAUUCUUUAUGUGUAAUAUUAGAUUUGGAUGAAACCUUGGGUCAUUAUGUAUUAGAUAGAAUAAAUAAGUUUAGAAUGAUAAAAUUGGCAAAUUCAUUCCAAGACCAGGGCUAAUUGAGUUAUUACAAGGAAUUAAAGAAUAUUGUGAAAUAAUAAUUUUUACAGCUGGUUUAUAGAGUGUAUAUAUAUAAUAUAUAUAAAGUAUGCAGAUCAUGCAAUAGCAGAAUUAUAAUGUGAUGAAUAUAUAGAUUAUAGAUUAUAUAGACCACAUACUACUUUUAAUGGGAAUAAUUUUGUUAAAGUAAUAAAGUAAUGAUUGGAUUAGGACAUAAGUAAAGUAGGUAGACCUUUGGAAAGAACAAUAAUAGUUGAUAAUACUCCAACAAAUUAUGAAUAAUAAUAAGACAAUGGACUUUUAGUUUCAACAUGGAUUGAUUAAGAAUAAGACAGAGAAUUGUUUGAAUUAAAAGAUUUGAUAAUAAGAAUAGCAUAAGCAAAAACAAAAGAUGUGAGAAAAGCUUUGAAAAAAUAUAGAGAUUAUAUUAGUAGACAUAAGUGA